CAUUUUCAAAUUUCUGUUUCAUCAACCCUCUUUCUCUACCCCCUUUUCAAUAUUCUUUAAACCCUAAUUGAUUACACCAUACUCUUCCCUUAAACAUUUCAAAAUCACAUAUUUCUCUCCAUAAUUACCCCUUAAUUUCAUCCCCAUUGCAGUCUUCUUCUUCUUACAACUUUCCCAUUUGCAAAUGUCUGCAUCACCUGAGCUUCUAUCAUUACCCCCAUCAGUUACGGCUGAUUCAGCUGCUCGAAACAUACUCGGGCCGGCUGGAAACAGAGAAAAGAUUAAUAAAAAUGAGAGCUUGAACAAAAAGAAGAAGAAGAUUGUGGUGGACACAAAGCCGAAGAGCUCCGUAAAGUUAGCUAAAGGAUCUCGGUCUCCACGAACCGUUGUUAGAAAGAUUGAUGUGUCUGUUGACAGUUCUUGUUCUUUGAAAUCAUGUUCUUCUAAUGGUAGUAGUUCUGUGAAAACAUCGGGUUCAGAAAAGUCAGAGAAAGGUAAUGGUAACAGGUUGAAAUUAGUCGUGGAUGAAGGUUCGGUUAUGGUGUUAACGCUUCCGUUUAAACGGUGUGAUUGGAUCACUCAGUUCUCAGAUCCGCUACAUGUUUCGUUCCAUGAUGAAGAAUGGGGAGUUCCGGUUUAUGAAGAUUGUAAGUUAAUUGAGCUGCUUGUUUUGUCACAAGCAUCUGCAGAACUCACUUGGCCAGAAAUACUGUAUAAAAGAGAUAAAUUCAGAAAACUUUUUGAAAAGUUUGAUCCAGCGUCGAUUGCUAAGUGUUCGGACGACAAGUUAUUGUCAGCCAAGCAAAAUGGUAGCCUGUUACUUUCUGAACAAAAACUACGGGCCAUCAUGGGGAAUGCUAUUGGGUUGCUUAAGAUUCAGCAAGAAUUUGGUUCUUUCAGCACUUACUGUUGGCGCUUUCUAAACAAGAAGCCGAUAAAUAAUAGUUUUCGCUAUGCACGUCAAGUACCAGCUAAAACUCCAAAGUCAGAACUCAUAAGCAAAGAUUUGAUAAAAAGAGGCUUUCGUUGUGUAGGUCCCACCGUCAUCUAUACAUUCAUGCAAAUCUCGGGUAUGGUUAAUGACCAUCUUAUAUCAUGUUUUAGACACACCGAGUGCAAUAGCAUCGCCAAAAAGGUUCUAAAACCGGUGUCUAAAGAAACAAAACAAGAAACAGACAAUAAAGAUGACGCUAAACUUUCCCACGAGUGAACAUCGAGAGUAGCAUGGGGGGCUAACAUAGCUUAUCUAACUGUUGGUAAUUCUUAUUGUAUUGUGUGCCAUUUGACAUGAUUGAGAUUAAGAAUGUUAAUAUUAGAGAAAUUGAGUGUGUUUUGUUGUGUAAUCAUGUUCUUCACAAUGUAUUAUUUUGGCUUGUGUUGAUGUUUUGAAUUCUUAAUAAGCUUCUUUGGUU